UUCCUGUUGGCACAUUUGAAAUUACUCUGAAAAGAAACAGCAUGGACUCAACGUGGAAACACAGGAUGCUGCUGUCUUGGUUACUUUCAUGUGCUGCAGUGGUCCUUGUUCUACCAUUGACAGCUUUGGAGGCAGUAGAAAUGAAACCAGUUACACUUGGAGAAACCGUUGUACUGAAGUGUAACAUUUCUUUGCACCAUGAGAUCUUCUGGUUGAGAGUGAGCAUGGAGGAAAGGCCAAGGGUUCUGAUGGUUACAGGCCUGAAGAGUGAUGGGAAAUUGUCAGAAGUUUGGAAUUACAAUUCCACUCAUUUUAAGGGUUGUCUGGUGGACAUGUUUUUUGGACUGAAGAUUUCCCAUGUCUUGAAAAGUGAUCUCGGCUCGUACUACUGUGGAACUGCAGAUGGCAAACGCAUGGAGUUUGAAGAAGGAGUGCACAUAUAUGCUAAGCCUAUUCACCCAUGGAGAGAAAUAAGAGCUGAAAAUAUCUCUAACUAUGAAAAAGAUGCAGUUCUUUCAGUGGCAGAAAAAAGUCUCAUCCCUUACCCAAUAUUUGCAGCAGUGUUGGGUUUUGGGCAGCUAGGAUUGGUGCUGGCAGUUGCUGUUGUGCAUGUGAUAAGUUGGAAGAAAAACAGACUCAGUGAGGCAUCUAAAAGGAAGCCCUUUUGAAAAUCAGUAUCUUGUAAUAUUGUAAUAUCUGGUCAGUUUUUAAUAGUGAGGGUAUUUGCCUAGAAAAAAACAUAUAUAGUGCUGUCAUCUUGCAUUUUG